AUGAGUCGCAGCAGCGGUCGGAGAUCGAUGGUGGUCGGAUGUGAGGCGAUGCGGUGGCAGUGGUCGAAGGCAAGGCGAUGCAGCAUCAGACGGAGGAGAUACAAACGACGGCGAUACAGCGAGGCGGCAGACCGAGGCUGUGCGACGCCGCAGCGGACUGUGGCGAUUCUGACGAAGGAGAUGCAGAAGGAGGCGGCGCGAUGCGACGGUGACGGAGACGAGAUGGCUGACGGGCGAGGCGACGCGACGGCAGCUGAGGUGGCGCACAGAGAAUUGCAGAGAGGAUGUUGCGACAGUGGCUGUAGAGGCGGCGGCUUGGACGGUGAUGGGAGGAACGACGUGUGCGGAGGCGCACAGUCGAGGCGCCCGUCGGCGCCGGGGGGGCCUGACAACGACAUUUACGAAGGCGCACAGUCGAGGCGUCGUCGGAGGCGGCGAAAUGGUUGGCAUAACCGGACGGCGACGGGAAGAACGGCUUGUACGGAGGCGCCGUCCCAUCAGUGUACUCCGACGGCCUUGGACGACGGUCCUCCUUCUAUCAGUGUCGCCGGAAAUCUCGGGUCCCCGACGGUCAUGGAGCUGAUGACGUAUGUGUGGCGCCGGUGA